AUGAGUCCAUUGACUUUGACCACGAGGACUAUGCAAAAGAUAUUGGGACCAAAGAAACUGCUCAAGGACAACAAGGCUGAAGUUUUAAUGGCACGAUGGAGGCACCCAUCCUUGUCAAUUCAUGGUAUUGAAGGCGCUUUCAGUGCUCCUGGUGCCAAAACUGUGAUCCCACGCAAAGUUAUUGGUAAAUUUUCCAUCCGUCUUGUGCCGCACCAGACACCAGCAGAAAUUGAGCGAUUGGUCAAACAACACAUUGAGAAUGUCUAUAAACAGACAGGAAGUCCAAACCGUGUCAAGGUAGACAUGGGACAUGGAGGCAAACCCUGGGUCAGUGACAUCAAUGAUCCUAAUUAUGUGGCUGCACGGAAGGCUACCAAAAUUGUCCAUGGAGUUGAACCUGAUCUGACCAGAGAAGGUGGAAGUAUUCCUGUGACCUUGACCUUCCAGGAGGCCACCGGCAAGAAUGUCAUUCUGCUGCCGAUGGGAGCCAGCGAUGAUGGAGCUCACUCGCAGAAUGAGAAGAUUAACAGAUCUAACUACAUACAAGGGAUCAAAAUUUUUGCUGCCUACAUAGAUGAGCUUGCAAAAUUGUCUGUAUAA